UGAUUCUAUCAAAGAAACCUAUGAACUGAAAGUGCUUAAGUUUCAAAGCAAACAUGGAGGAUUUCAGUGAUACGAAUUCACACGAGAUGACAGAAAAUCACAUUCAAAAACGGUGUAACAACCAGUGGGUUCGAUUAAAUGUUGGUGGUACAUAUUUUUUGACAGCAAAAACUACUUUAGCUAGAGAUCCCAAUUCAUUUCUUUACCGAUUAUGUCAAGAAGAUUCUGAGCUUAUCUCUGACAGGGAUGAAACUGGAGCAUAUUUAAUAGAUCGUGAUCCAACAUAUUUUAGUCCUGUUUUAAAUUACUUACGUCAUGGAAAAUUGGUUAUCAAUAAAGAUUUAACAGAAGAAGGUGUCUUAGAAGAAGCAGAAUUUUACAACAUUACAGAACUUAUUCGAUUAGUUAAAGAAAGAAUUAUAUUAAGAGAUACUAGACCAUUAAGAGAUUCAAAGAAACAUGUUUAUAGAGUCAUUCAAUGUCAUGAAGAUGAAUUAACUCAAAUGGUAUCAACAAUGUCUGAUGGAUGGAAGUUUGAGCAGGUAUUUUUUUUAUAUUUUUUUUAAACUAAAU